AUGUCUCAUACUUUCAAACCCGAAGAUAGCAAAAAUGUGCACAAUCAAAUUCCCAUCAUUUACAUCGAAAAUAACUGUUCUACGGAUCCUUCUCAAUAUUCGCCUCCCGGACGUCAUUUACCCACAUAUAUGCCAGACUCAGAACUCUCUGCUGACCGUGAUUUAUCGCUAAAUAAUCAGACUUCUCAAUUUCUUUGUUGGUUUGGUGAUUUAAGUUCGCCGAAACAGUUCGUUUAUACAGUAUUGACACUGCAGAACAUUAGUAGUGACUAUUUGAAACUUGUCCAUUCACUGAUCACCUACAGAUUGGGAGAAGAUUUUCAUCAUAAUAGUAUUGCAACAAAAGCGGUUGAUAUUGAGUAUUUAAAGGGUCUUGAUCAAAGCUCUGACGAUUUUUCUGCAACCAUUCUCGAACUACUUUUCUCGCUUGACUCUUCAAAAGACAAGGCAGCUGAUUUGAACCAAAUUCAUGACAUAUAUCUAACCCUUGUUGACAAAGCCCUCGAAAACGCGUCACAACAGAAAUUGGUUUUCGAUGAUAUCUGCGAUUCUUUAGAAGGUCAACUCCUAAUAGUGGCUAUGUCGACGCCGCUUUUCACUCUGGAAGAUCGUCAUUUUCUCCGAAAGAAUAUCAAAUUACGCUCUGUAACUGGCAAUUCCUGGCAGUCUGCUGGUUUGCUAAAUCUAGUUAAUGAACUUUUCGAGGUCUUUGAACUUAAUCGGACAGGCUCUGAAGGAUGUUUUGUGCCAUUUUGUUUAUUUGUCGAAUUCUCUUGUGUAGUGUUGUGCCCAUCGAAAUCUCUCUCUCGGAAUGUCCGAAGCUCAAGCAUCAAUUCGCCCUUUCCUUUCAUUCCACGCUCACUUCACACGUUUCAAAGUCGUCGACAUCACAGUCUAGUCCCACCAACCAGUGAAAACUCACUUCUCGUUCCCUCUCCCUUUGCAAUGGCCCAUCCAUUCAGUUCUUCCACCUCUUCUUCUCCAAAUUCUUCAGGCUUUGUUUCUGGCAGUGAAUCCAUGUACCAAGGACUGAACGAACCCUCAACUCUGAGUAUUCGUGGGAAUCGUCUAGCUGCUCCUUCACUUAGUCGUCUUUACCUCCUGCGACGCCAGUCGGCUUCUCCCUAUUCGCCUCAAGAAGGCGAGCUUAAAGAAGAGGAUGACAGCGCGUCCUCAUCUGGAAAUCCUACAAAACUUGACAUCAGUGGGUCAUGUACUAGUCUACUUAUCCCUCCUCAAAAUGAAGUCGUGCUUUCUUCAUUUGAGUCCUCUGAAGCCAUAACCUCGGAUAUGAGUAUGCGCCAAUCAGAAGAAAGGUCUCAUGUGCCCUGUCUGACUGUGUCUUCCCCACCGCCGCCACAAACCAAUGUACCAAGUACUCCCCCUCCACCACAGAUUAGCUGUGAAGAGUUCACGGACCAACCGCGUCGAUCUUCGAUAUCCAAAGAGUUACAAAGAUCAGGUGAAACGCUUAGCGGAGCUGCAUCUCUCCGUGAUGAACAGUUUGAGGACCCGGGGAUGGCUCAAAUUCCGGUUUGGUUGAAGAGUUUACGUUUACACAAGUAUAUCGGUCUCUUCAAGUGCCUAACCUACUACCAAAUGUUGGGAAUUACCGAUGAGUGGUUGCAACGCCAACACGUUACUCAAGGAGCACGAAAUAAAAUCCUUGUGAGUAUCGCCAACCUAAGUACACGUUCAGCUACUCUAACCAACCUGGAAAGUCUCAUUGAAACCUGCGCCCAAAACUCUUCUCUCCGAGCAUCCACUCUUCGUGGAUGUCUCUACGAACUUCGCAGCUGCCUCCAAACUCCCUUUCCGCCUUCACCCAGCCAACCGUCGGCCACCUCUCCUCAACGUUGCAUCUCUCCUACAUCCUCACUAGAGGAUACUAAUUUUGUGUUUGGAAGUGAUGUUGAGGACUUUGUUGGAGUGGAUGAUGGAGAUUUUGACGAUUUUCAACCAUCCUCAAGAAGCUUGUGUCAGUGUCCUUGUACAAACUCGGACACUUGUCUGUUUGAUCGUAGCGGGGUGGGCUUGGUUUCACCGAAGCGACCCAAAUCGAGUGAAGGCGGUGCUGCCUCUGCGGUUACUGCUGUUAAUACUACUGAAAUUGAGACUAUUAGACAAUUCUUCCCUUCAGAUAAUUCCCAUGAACAACCGGUAACUACGGAAGAGCAGGAACAACAGGGUGCUCCGUCGUGUAAGGAGGCAGUAGCGGAGGAGAACCUAUCUGAGCAGAUCAUGAGAUGUCUGAAUCAUGGAUAUAAAGCUCUUCUCAUCGAGCCAGUCGAAAAUGACGACAAUUAUGGAUUUUUUAUACAACUACUGGGGAUUGUUCUUGAUCAUCCUUCCUUCAGUCGAUCUCAGAAGGAUCAGGUGAUUUCCUGGGAGAAAGAGUUGAUAGAUCGAUUAGGUCCUGCCCCACCCCCACCUCGUCGAUCAUCUUAUCACCACCAUCAUCGAGCAACAUCCCGCCGUUCUUCCUAUCAGUACUCCUCCCCACCAUACCAAGGCCCCCAUAUCGAUCGCGGAGGCUCCCAUUCUGCACCCUACACCCCACGUUCCAGUGUAGGGCCUCCCGUUCUCACACGGCCCUACUUUACUUCCCCUGUGCGAAUGUCCUUCUUACAUCCCCAGUCCCAACAGCCCACGCCGCAUUCACCCUUUCUUCAUGCACAAUCACUUUUCAGUUCUGGUGGACCAGGACCCCGUUGGGUGGGGGGUAUUGUGAGAGGCCGCAGUGCUGAACCCGAUGUCUAUCAUCACCACCAUCAAGGCGGUGGAGGUAUACCCCUGAGAGCUACUGUGUACCAUGAACAACAACAGCCGGCAGCACCACCUCCGCCUCCUCCUGUGAUGAUCGUUCCUUCAACGCAUUGUGGACAGCAUCAACAGAGGGUGGCUAGCAUGGAUAGCCUUACUGUGGUAUCGACACCGUAUGGACUUAUGGAACCUUAUCCGACCUCUGCACAUCCGUUUCUCCCUCGAACUCGUUUGAUUUCUUGCCACGAUCCCCAUGUGAGCAGUGAUCUCUCAGCGCCCUCUGUAUCGCCCUUCGCCUCGCCAGAACUCCACCAAUCUGCAGCCACUACAGUAUGUUUCAAUCUUCUUCCUCCACCCCUGCCGCACUCAAGAGGAGGAGCCCCCGAAGGUGCCGCUUUUCUCUCCCCUUCUCCUUCCUCUCAGCUUCAACCGCCGCCGCAGCCUGGACCUUCAUCACAAUCUCCUGCCCGAUGGAUGGGACGAGCCAGUGUCUCAAGUGGUUCUUCUGUCAUUUCGGAGUACUCUACAGCGGAAAUUAAUAGAGAUUUGGAGCUACUUACUGAAAAGGUCACCAAGCUGGCCAUUGAAGGUGAGCCAUUAGCCUUAGCAAAUCGGAUUCCCCAAGCGAAUAGGCUUCAAUGCAAAAACAAACAGGAGUACUUAUUUGUUUCCCCUUCCGGAUUUCUUAUCACCCCUGCCUACAAGGUGUUGGACAAGUGGACAAAAGCUGGACUUUAA